GAGCGCGGGAAAUAUUCAGAAACGCGACAGUAGGAGCGGACCGUGUCAAAGUUGGUACUUUGGAGCCCGGUGUGUGAAUAUGGCCCGAUAACCCACCCUGUUACUGUUACACGUCGACGGAAUGGUUCAAAUAGUCGUAAGUCUUUGCUGACGGGUGUUACUGCUAUGACAGAAGCCGCGUGGGUGGCAGCAGCCCCCCAGAAUGGCUGCUGGUGGAGCUGCAGGGAGAGAUGGUGUCCAGACACAACUCUGGUCUGGAAGGGAACGUGAUGGGAGACCUGCUCUACACCACUGAGGGGGUACCAGUUCUUAUAGUAGGACAUCAUAUUCUGUAUGGGAAGCAGGUCAAACUGGAGAAACCCUUCGCUGUGCUCACCAAGCAUUCUAGCCAAUCGCCAGAUACUCCCAGUGGCCGUGAUGACGACAGUAGCAGUGUUGAUGCCACGCGAGAACCCAUGGAAGGAGGUCCGACUGACACCUCUUACUCUGUCACUGCCCUCAUCAAACGGAAGCUGAUUUUUAAAACACGCCCCAAACCCAUUAUCACCAAUGUACCCAAGAAGGUGUAGCCUGGCCGCUACUGGUUCACAGAGCUUGUGUGAUGGGGGAACGUUCUGUUGACAUUUUUACAAAGGAUUAUACACCAAUAUCUGUUGGAAUUCAUUACUCUGGACACAGUGAAUACUGGGUAACGUCAUCCUUUAUUAUUAAUACUGCUGUUGAAGCUUCUUUUUAAGUGACUAUGUUAAAUAUUUGUUAAGGCUGCUUUACGUGUUUGUGUGUGUGCAGCUAAAAACCUCAUACUACAUAAUAAUAAAUAUAAACUGAGCCUGUA